AUUCUUCACCAUCUAAGUGCACAAAUUGAAGCUUUGCCAAGACAGCAGACAGUUGUUAAAAAGCUUCCAUUAUGAAAGUACUAGUGAAUUAUUUGCCGCAUUUGAUCUUCCUCAUCUUCACGUUAGUGAUAACAGUGCAAACAAAAAUGAUAUUAAAAGCUGAAGGCGAGCCAUGCGAAUGUAAGUUUGAGAACUGCACUUGUAAAACAUUCAGUAAUUGCGACGUGCUGAGCCAAGAGGGUGAUAUAUCAUAUUGUAAUAGAAGAAGGGGUAUCGUUUGCUGUCCCGAAGAGCCUAACUACAUAAUCAAUAUCCCUCCAGUAUUGAAGUCAGAAUUGGCCUGUGAAAGAUACACGAAAAUGAUAUCUAAUGAAUGUUCCCAAAAAUUUAUAACGGGCGGAAAAAUAGCUAAAUUGAAGGAAUUUCCACCAGCUGCUUUGCUAGGCAAUUUCAACUCUACGACUAACGAAACUAAAUGGUUCUGUGGCGGUACGCUGAUAAGUGAACGCUUCGUUUUGACUGCGAGUCACUGUGGGAAUGGUGAUCCCAUAAAUGUCGUGCGACUUGGCGAUGUGGACUUCAGCACCACGAAAGAUGAUGUGGGAGUACAGCAGUUCUCAGUCAGCAGAGCGAUAUCGCACUCGAGAUACAACUUUAUGAACAACACUUCAAAGUACUACGAUAUAAUGUUGUUGGAAUUGAAUGGCACAGUCACUUUCACGGACUAUGUUCAACCCGCUUGUAUACUCACACCAAAUUUUAUGGCAUACAACCAAGACCAAUAUUGGGCCGUUGGUUGGGGCUACACUGGCGCAUUGGAGGAAAUGUCUCCACAAUUGCGCCGCGUCCUAUUAAAUAAAAUGGACAAUGUCAAUUGUACCGAGAUUUCAAAUGAAACACAGGAUUUGCAACGCGGUCUUCGUGAUCGUGUACAAUUUUGUCUGCACGGAGAAACCACGGAUACGUGCAAAGGUGACUCCGGUGGACCUAUACUUAUAAAAUUUCCCCAUUAUCUGGAAUCUAGAUGUUUGUAUAUGGUCGCCGGUGUAGUAUCGUUAGGCCAGCAGGUAUGUGGUGAACAGGAUAUACCAAGCAUAAAUAUAAAUGUUACAGCUUUUGCGGAUUUCAUCCAAUUUCAUGUGUGGCCAUAAAGUGCACGAAUCAGUUGGACUUCAAAUUUGUGGUAUAACGGAAGUAGGUGUUGUAAUGAAUCUAUUUCGAAACCGGCUUAAGUUAUCGGUAGAUUUGAAUUGAAUUGUAUCAUCGAAUUUCAUGUAUGGCCAAAUAAAAAUUAAUAAAAAAAAAACAAAGAAAAAUAUGUGGAACAAGAUCAAUAAAAUUA